GGGAUUGGGGUAUUUUUACUUUUUACUCCAUAGUCGCUUCUUGUUAUGAUUAGGCGGGUGCAUCAGUGUGUGCGUGCCACAAUUUCGUCGCCACUUUAGCGUCCAGCUGGGUAUGUCGUUCGUGGGCGACCCCCGAGGACGCAGCGGACACUGCACGUUCUACGGAGCUUUCGAGUACCGGAGCGAGAGGGGCCCAACCACACUCUGCGUGGGCCAGUUUGUGUUUGUUCGCCUGUCGCCCAGCGAUGACCCCUGUAUCGCCGAAUUGCUGCUCCUGUGGAAGGACCACCAACACAGCUCACAACUGGCCAGUGUCCAGCUCUAUUUCCUCCCGGAACAGACCCCCGACGGACGGUUACCGCAUCAAGGACAGCACGAGGUUCUGGCGGCGUCGGAGAAGGCGGUGCUGGGCCUGGAUGACCUGGUGAGCUGCAUCACUGAGGAUGUGGACUGGACGUACGGCCUACUGGCUGGCUCUCCGGCGGAGGCGGCGGCUGCGGUGGUGGUGCUCUCGUUUCCACGCUACUGCCGCUACCGGGCCACGCUCAAGCGCCUCGAGGGCCAGCAACCGGCGGCCCUGGCCGGGGUAGACCCCCGGGUACCCCGGGGACCGUGCUGGGUGGUCUUCUGCCGCGACACCUUCGACCACGAGGCCCUCGCUCACAAUGACCUCAUCUGCGACCAUUUGGCUCCACCAGAGAGGGGCCGUCAGCAGAAGCGCAGCCACAAGCACAACUCUGGCUCCGAGUCCUCUGAGGGAGGCAAUUCUCCCCUGGCCAUUUCUUCCGCUCCCGCCGUGCCUGCAGCUCCACAGAACAGGAUGAGCAACGGUGCUGAUGAAUUUCUGCAACGUCUCUUCCAGUUCAUGAAGGAGCGCAAUACCCCUAUUCAACGUGUGCCUCACCUGGGCUUCAAACAAAUCGACCUGUACCACUUCUACCAGUUUUCUCAGCGGCUAGGAGGAUACGAAAAGAUUACGGGUCGCAAGCAGUGGAAACAAGUGUACGACCAGCUUGGAGGUGACCCGAGCAGCACCAGUGCAGCCACUUGCACCAGGCGCCACUACGAGAGGCUGCUGCUGCCCUUCGAGCUGCACCUGCGGGACAAGGAGUGUGCCCCGUGCUGGGACGAGCCGAGCUCCGACUGCCAGGUGUUGGACCUAAGCGUGCGGCGCCAGGUGGCUCCCCCUUCUCAGUGCCUGGACCUGCGCGUGCAUCGGCGCGGCGACGACAGCUGCGUCCUCCAGAGGAACGCCAUCUACUCCGUCUACCGCCUGGAAGACGCCAUGGAGUGGAGCCCCAAAGAACUCUUUCCGGCCGCUCCCUCGACGGCCGCAUCGUGACGGGGCAGACCCCGUGCGACGUGAACACUGCGACUCUGGGACAUCCCUCUAUCAACGAGAGGGGAAACUGCUGCACAUUCUUUUUUUUUUUUUAUAUAUAAAUAAAUUGUUAUCCGGAACGUCAUA